AGAGCUACGGGUGUGGGAUCAGUGAAAGCAACCAAGUUUACUUUCUGUAAUAACAAUAAACGCGAGGCAAGCCUUUGUAAAAUUUGCACCAAGGUCAGCCCUUGCUAGAUUACCCCCUUCCUUUUAAAUUAAGUAAUGAGGAGAGAUAAAACUAUUUCCCAAAAUAAUUGCUUACAGCAAGAAGAAAUCCAUGGAUACAGGCGACGGAAGGAGGGGAACAGCGAAAAGUGUUCGACCCUGCAGGAGAAUUGUGCAGAACGCUAGAAUGAAAAGGGAAUUGGGCAAAGUUUUAAGGUCGCUGACUGGGGGCAACACGGAGGUCAGUGAAGUCCCCGUGGAGGAGGACUGUUACCGCGUGGAAUUUUUCAAUAGCGAAAAACUGGAGCGAAAGGUCAUGGCACCACGCUACAGCUUGCUGCGGGAGGUUGGAAGGGGCAGCUAUGGCGUGGUGUACGAAGCUAUUGCGCGAAGAACGGGUGCGACUGUGGCAGUAAAGAAGCUUCGCUGCGACGCUCCCGAAAAUGUCGAGCUCGCUUUGGCUGAGUUCUGGGCGCUGGCGAGUUUAGAGAAACGACACGAGAAUGUGGUGCAGCUGGAGGAAUGUGUGUUACAAAGGAACGGCAUGGCCCAGAAAAUGAGCCACGGGAACAAGCGAUCCAAGCAAUACUUGCAUCUGGUGGAGACUUCGCUUAAAGGCGAGCGAGUGUUGGGGUACCCCGAGGAGCCCUGCUACCUGUGGUUUGUGAUGGAGUUCUGCGAGGGUGGGGACCUCAACCAGUUCAUCCUGUCUCGUCGGCCCGACCCCCGGACCAACAAGAGCUUCAUGCUGCAGCUGACCAGCGCCGUGGCAUUCCUGCACAAGAACAACAUCGUCCACCGCGACCUGAAGCCGGACAACAUCCUGAUCUCAGAGAAAUCGGGCGUGCCCGUGCUGAAGGUGGCCGACUUCGGCCUGAGCAAGGUGUGCGCGGGACUGGGCGGUGUGGGCAAGGAGGGCGAGGACAAGAACAGGUGUGUCAAUGUCAAUAAGUUCUGGCUGUCGUCAGCCUGCGGCUCGGACUUCUACAUGGCGCCGGAGGUGUGGGAAGGCCACUACACGGCGAAAGCGGACAUCUUCGCCCUGGGCAUCAUCAUAUGGGCCAUGCUGGAGCGGAUCACCUUCAUCGACGCCGAGUCCAAGCGGGAGCUGCUGGGCACCUACAUCAGGCAGGGCACGGAGAUUGUGCCCGUCGGCGAGGCCCUGCUGGAGAACCCCAAGAUGGUGCUCCACAUCCCACAGAAGCGCAGAAGCUCCAUGUCGGAUGGCAUCCGCAAGCUGCUCCAGGACAUGCUCGCCGUCAACCCUCAGGACCGGCCGGACGCCUUCGAGCUGGAGAUCAGGAUGGACCAGGUCACCUGCGCCGCCUGACCCAGCAGAGAGGACGGAGGAACUUUUCGUUUUUAAGGUUUGUUUACCUCUAAAGCCCGGGAUCCCACGUCUUUUUUGAGGUGUAAGAAGGGACUCUGUUCUUCGAACUGUGAAGUUUCCACCAUGAUAGCUAUAAUGUGAAGAAAGUGAGAAACAAAGGAGACAAGCGACUCAAACGUGCUCAUUUUCAGGACAAAUCGAAAGGGGAUGCUAUGCAAUACAUUGGCUGAGACAGUCAGGUUUCUUUUCUUUUUUGUUUUAGAAAUCUACAAAUAUUCAUUAGAAAUCUUACAGCAGCUGCUUGUUUACAGUGUAACCAGUGCCCACACAGGGGAACUGGCAUGGUUUUCAAAAGCCUAAGAACCAUUGUCAAAGAUGACGACCUAGUCUGUGAAUGACAUUUCUCUCAUUUUGGUUUUAUUUUUGUUCUUUCUCGAUUUUUUUUGUUAUUGAGCCCAUUAUUAUUUUCCCUGUUUCUUCUUUUUCCCAACAACAUCCUCUAACAUUGCUCACGGAUGAGUCUCAUGAGACAUGAGCAGUCAUGCCAUAUAUCAGGACAUGCUCCCUGCCCCACCCCAAGCCCACUACAGCCAACCAGUUCCUUCACAUGAGCAUGACACCAAAAUGAUCUUUGCCUGCUUCCUGUGAUCAUCUCAACAGCCGAAGUUGAGGAGUCUCUCUGUAUGCUUCACUGUUCCAAGAAAAGGAAAAUGAUGAUGAUGAUGAAUGAGGAAGAGGGUAAAGAUAUGAACAUGAAGCCUGAUACAGUGCUCCAUGUUUCUCCUCAAUCUGAAUUGGUCCCCAGGUGGCAUGGUUCCUUUGUAUUCACACUGCCCCCUCUCCCCCUAAAAUGUGUAUUGUUGUAACACGUAUAUAGACCUUUUUUUAACCUCUGUGCCUUAAUUAUUUCACUUCAUUGGCUGAAGAUGUAUCAGUUUAAGAGAUUCAGCUGAAUUCAAUUCCAA